CGUCAAUCUUGCUCCCGAAACCUGAUUCAACGAACGAACGAUUGAACAAGCGGCUAUGCUACAAUAUGAUGGUUGAAGGUCUUCUCAACCACGGGCCAGGGGUAUCUUAUCACUGUACCUCAACGUUUCAACUCUUGGUUGACUGAACUCCUUUCAAUGGGUUGCUCGGAUACAUACUGCUGCUUUUGUUCUGGGCCUUUGGAUAAUGCUCGAGAAGCGUGGAUAGAUUUUUUAAAGGAGGGAAUCACCAGUUGGCCUCCAAAGGACGGUGAAUGGCACAACCCUCCAGGUUAUCCGGUACCAGAUCAGCCAAUAGAGGAAAUCGUCACGAUCGAUGAAGAGGACGGGGCGAUUUGGGACGAUUGGGUGGUAGUUUCACCCCUUUGGGCCGAGCAAGACUGGGUUUCACCAUCGUGUACUGUGGACAGCUACGGAGUUGUGGCGGUCAAUGGAGACACACGUUGGAACCAAGAAAGAAUACGAUUUCUCAUCAUUCACCGCAUAUGUCUUUCGUUCCUCUGUCGUCGACUAGCUGUCUCGCCCAAAACCGUUUGGGAAUCGUGCUAUGCUCCAGAAUCGGACUACCGACAUUAUGGCGGGGGACAAGGGUUACUUCACUGUGUCCAGUACUACGAUAUGGAAAACCGAAAUGGGCAGUUUUUCAGCUAUGUUGUAGGGAGGAGUCUAUCUAGGGCAGACAGUCCUGACGAAAUGUGGUACUGUUACGACUUAGAAAGCAUGACGGACACUGCGUGGAUAUUAUCUCGUCCAAAUAUACUCCCUCAACCCAAACCGCUCGCUCUUGCUCCCGUUUUUGAGGAACUUGCUUCAGGACCUCGAUUGUUUGACGUACCCGAACUCCUUGACGCCGUCUUGGUCGAGAUUAUGUCUGUUUCGUCGGAUGACAUCGUUCGAGAGGAGCGCGACAACGCCGUCCGUGAUAGCCCUUCCGUGACAGCAGUCGUACGCACCAUCCUCUCUCUCUCUCUAGUCAACCGCUGGUUCUACCGAGCGAUCAUCCACGAUAGACAAGGCCUCUUUGUACGCCUCGCAUCCACCUUUGGGUGGAUGCUUCCUUGCACGCCGGCUGACUGGUCCAACUGGCCUUCGGAACUCACCCCGCUAUCAUUCAGUUUGACUCAACCUUACGAUUGGAGGGAAUACCUACUCACAUGCCUUCGUAAAGAGAACCCUCACGUUCGAAAUAGGUGGAGAUUCCAUAGAAUGACGAUUCAGUUUGCGAGGGGCCGUACCGGGAAAGGGACGUUCCGAUGGAGUGUUGGGAAGCUUGGUGUCCCAUCCGACCUGGAUGAACCUAAACCAGAACUAUGGGAGCUAGGGUCUGAGGGUCAAGUCGAUAAUAAGCAUUUAACGUAGGAAGAUUCCUGAAUCUCUUGCGCGAUGCCAAUACACGCUGCACUGUACAGUUCAUUGUUUCCUUGCCCUAGAUGCAGUUGAAUUCCAAACUACCAUCCGAGGGGUGUCUUACUCUCUGUCGGAUCUUCUAAAUCGAGUUACAUGGGUAUACUCUGAGGCUCACUAGCUAUCUGAUUUCACAUGCAUGGCUUAUCAUCAUUAGAAUUUUUAUUCCUUCUCUGGAAUACCGAACGACC